AUGGCUGCAUUUGAGUAUAUUAUGUCCUGUUCGAGCAAGGGAAAUUUGUCCAAGAUCGUUGAAAGGCUACGGAUUUGGAUCCCUGGAAUAUCUGAAGAAUCGCUACAGGUCAUUGAAACUGCGACUACGAUGCAUACUCUCCCUUGUUCAAAUAUUCGGUAUCAUGCUAACGUGCGUCAACGAACUUGGGAUAUGUGGCGUUCAGGACGACUCAUGGACGCGACAAGGAAUGCCCGCUGCAUCAUCUUGUAUGGCACCAAUCAGACAGUGAAUUUGGCAACUUAUGUCUGGGUUAAAAUAUUUGAGUUAAUAUCACGAUUGAAAUACACUGAUGCAUGUCGAGAGGUUUUGAUCGGUACGUGA